AUGGAUCAACAGAGAUUCUUGCAGCAGCUUCAGAUUGUCUUGAACCCUGCCCAGGGUAACGUCAAGGAAGCUACGGGGAUUCUCCAGCGGGAGUUCUACAGCAAGCCCGACUCUCUGGUUCUUCUCAUCCAGAUUGCCACUGGUCAUGAGGAUCCCAACCUGAGACAGCUCGCCGCUGUUGAGUCUCGGUCGCUGGUCAACAAGCACUGGGUUAAGGUCCAGGCUGCCCAGAAGCCUCAGAUCCGAGAGCAGUUGCUACGCUCGACCAUGAGCGAGGGUUCCUCGCUGGUACGUCAUUCCAUUGCCCGCAUCAUCUCUGCGAUCGCUCGUGUGGACCUGAAUGAUGGCGAAUGGGCGGAGCUGCCCAACUUCCUCAUCCAGGCUGGUAACAGCGGGAACAAGGAUGAGCGUAGCGUUGCGAUCUACAUCCUCUUCACCAUUCUGGAGACUCUUGGCGAGAGCCUUGAGGAGAAGUUCUCGGAUCUCUUCGCGCUGUUCAACAAGACCAUCCGUGACCCCGAGAGCGAGGAAGUCCGCACCAACACCCUUCUGGCUCUGGGCAGGCUUGCCAUGCACCUGGACUCCGACGAGGAUGUGGCUCCCGUCAAGGCCUUCCAGGACCUUGUCCCUUCCCUGGUGGCCGUGCUGAAGGAGUCCAUCGACCAGUCGCAGGAGGAUCGGGUGAUGCAGGCCUUUGAGGUCUUCCAGACCCUUCUUGGCUGUGAUCCUGCUCUUCUCACCGUUCACCUCAAGGAUCUUGUGAUCUUCAUGAACGAGCUGGCUGCGAACACCGAGGUCGAUGAGGACACUCGCACCCAGGCCAUCAGCUUCCUCAUGCAGUGCAUCCAGUACCGCAAGCUGAAGGUCCAGGGCAUGCGCCUUGGUGAGCAGCUCACCCGCACCGCUCUGCACAUUGUCACCGAGCUCGGUGAUGCCUCCGCGAGUGAUGACGAUAUCACACCCGCUCGCUCGGCUCUUGGCCUGCUCGAUAUGCUCGCCCAGAGUCUGCCUCCCAGCCAGGUCGUCGUUCCUCUUCUGCAUGCUCUGGGCCAGUACUUCAACAGCGAGAACCCUGAUUAUCGUCGCGCUGGUAUCAUGGCCCUUGGCAUGUGUGUCGAGGGUGCUCCGGAUUUCAUCAGCACUCAGAUGAAGGACAUCUUCCCCAUGGUGCUGCAGCUGCUCGCUGACCCCGAACCCAAGGUUCGCCAGGCUUCGUUGCAUGCCGUCGCUCGUCUGGCCGAUGAUCUCGCCGAAGAUCUCUGUGCCGAGCAUGAAAGAAUCAUGCCCCUGCUCUUCAAGAACCUUGCCAGCGCUAUGCAGGAGUACAAGGGUGAGGAGGAUGGCCCGACCAUCGAUAUCAUGAAGGCCGGCAUCAGCGCCAUCGACGCUGUCGUUGAUGGCUUAGAUGAGAAGGACGUUGCUCCUUAUCAAGGCGAGCUGGUCCCCAUUCUCCACAAGCUCUUCAAGCAUCCCGAUUUCAGAAUCAAGGGCCUGACUGCCGGAGCCCUGGGAUCCCUGGCCUCCUCUGCUGGCGAUUCUUUCCUCCCUUACUUCGACGAGUCCAUGCACCUUCUGCAGGAGUUCGCUGCCGUCAAGGACAGCGAGGAGGAGUUGGAUCUCCGUGCCAGUGUCACCGACGCCAUGGGCGAGAUGGCCGCGGCGGCCGGUGCUGAGCGUUACCAGCCCUACGUCGAGCCCCUCAUGCGUGCCACCGAGGAGGCCCUCCACCUGGACCACUCCCGCCUCAAGGAGAGCACCUACAUCUUCUGGGGUGCCAUGUCCAAGGUCUACGGAGAGCACUUUGCUCCCUUCCUCGAUGGUGUUGUCAAGGGUCUUUUCGCUUGCAUUGAGCAGGACGAGACCGAUCUCGACGUCUCUCUCGGCGAGGCUGCCAAGGAUCUUGUUGGCCAGGAGGUGAUUAUUGCCGGUCGCAAGGUCAAGGUCGCCAGCGCUGACGACGACGAUGAGCCCGUCGGCGAGGACGGCGGCAUCGAAGAUGUCGAUCUCGAUGAUGAGGAUGCUUGGGAUGACAUCACUGCCACCACUCCCCUUUCCCUCGAGAAGGAGAUCGCUGUUGAGGUCAUCGGUGACCUGGUCACCCACACCAAGAGUGCCUACCUGCCCUACUUCGAGAAGACCAUUGAGGAGGUUCUGCCCCUGGCUGAGCAUCCUUAUGAGGGUGUGCGCCGCAGCACCAUCAGCACUCUCCACCGCUCCUACGCCAUGCUCUUCGCCAUUGCUGAGGAGACGGGCCAGAUGGCCAAAUGGCAGCCCGGUCUUCCCCUCCAGGUUGAGCCUGCCAAGGAGGUGAAGAAGUUCGGCGAGAUCCUCAUGACUGCCACCAUCCGGAUGUGGACUGAGGAAGAUGAUCGCGCUACCGUGGCUGAUAUCAACCGCAACAUGGCUGAGAACCUCCGCUACUGCGGCCCCUCUCUGAUUGCCAACGAGACCACUCUCCAGAACCUCAUCCAGAUGGUGACGGACAUCAUUACCAAGAAGCACCCUUGCCAGAUCGAGUUCGGCCCUGAGGAGGAGACUCUUGAGGCCGGUGAAGAGAGCUCUGAAUUCGACUGGGUUGUCGUUGACACCGCCCUUGAUGUCGUUUCUGGUCUCGCCGCUGCAUUGGGCGAGAGCUUUGCCGAGUUGUGGAAAGUCUUUGAGAAGACCAUCCUCCGCUACGCUGGCAGCACCGAAGCGUUGGAACGUGCCACUGCCGUGGGCGUCCUGGCCGAGUGCAUCAAUGGUAUGGGCGGUGGUGUGACCCAGUUCACCCGCACUUUCAUGAAGCUCCUCAUUCACCGCCUGGGUGAUGAGGAUCCCCAGACCAAGUCCAACGCUGCCUAUGCUGUUGGCCGUCUGGUUGAGCACUCCAACGCGGAUGCUGAGCUCAUCAAGGAAUACCCCACCAUCCUGUCUCGCCUCGAAUCCUGUCUCCAGAUGAAGGUUUCUCGCCUGCAGGACAAUGCCACUGGAUGUCUCAGCCGCAUGAUCCUGAAGCACCGCGAGAGCAUCCCCCUCAAGGAUGUCAUUCCCGUGCUUGUCACUAUCCUCCCCUUGAAGAACGAUUACGAGGAGAAUGAUCCCUUGUACCGCAUGAUCUGCCAGUUGUACAAGUGGGAAGACCCUACUAUUCGGGAGCUCACUCCUCAAUUCCUCCCCAUCUUCCAGUCUGUCCUCUGUGGCGAUUCGGAUCAGCUUGAGGACGAGCGCCGGGCCGAGCUCAUUGAGCUUGUCAAGUGGCUCAACCAGAUGCAGCCUGGUGUUGCUCCCUGGGCCGAGCAGCUGUAA